GGUUUUCAUUCCGCUCUGCAGCGACGGGAGGCUUCUCGGCGCUCGCCUCCCCCUGCCUCGCCAGGCCGUAGAAGUGCAGGCGGAACCGUCCCGGGGCUGCUGGAGUGGAGGAGUCAUCGGACCUUCCUCCCCGUGUGCUGCUGCUAAGGACAGCUGAGGAGGCAGGAAAGAGAAAGAGGACCGAUAGACGGACAGAGGGGAACGGCUGCUCCCUUCGCAGCCCCUGACUCCCUGCUGCCGCGCCCCGGCCAUGGGGAAGCCAACGCCGCCUCUGCAGUGACCGCGAGACCCGGCGCCCGCCCGGCGGUCCCCACCUCUUCGCCAGCAGAAAGAACUUUAGAGAUCCCCAAAACUUGAACGCAACUUACAUAUUUAUAUAAUAGAAACAAAUAAAUAAACGAAAAGGGCUUUGUGAAGCCAGCGGCCGCAGCAGCAAGUCUCCCCCACCCCGACCUCGGCGGUCGCGAUGAGGACCGAGGGGCGCCUGCUGGUGCCGGUGCUGGUGGCGCUGGUGGGGCUCUGUAGCGCCGAACGCCCCGCCGAGCGGCAGGCGCUGGUGGUGCCGCGGCGCCUGGGCGCUGCCGGCGGCCGGGAGCGUUUCCGGCUGGAGGCCUUUGGGGAGCGCCUGACGCUGGAGCUGGAGCCCGACAGCAGCUUCCUGGCCCCGAACUUCACCCUGCAGUAUUUGGGCAAGCCGCCGCCUCCGCCGUCGGAGGACGACCUCUCCCGCUGCUUCUACUCCGGCACCGUCAACCGAGACCCCAGCUCCGCCGCCGCCCUCAGCCUCUGUGCGGGGAUGCGUGGCGCCUUCUCCCUGCGGGGUCGCCAGUACCUCAUCCAGCCGGCCCCCGACACCACACACCGCCGCGGUGCCCACCUCCUCCGCCUCCGCGGGACCCGCCACGCUGUGCCUGCCAGCCACUGCGCCGUGGCCGAGGCGAGGACAGAAGACGAGGCGGCGGUGAUAGAGCCUCCCGAGCACGCAGAAACGAUAAGCAGAAGGAAGAAAAGGUUCGUGUCCAGCCCCCGCUACGUGGAGACCAUGCUGGUAGCCGACCAAUCCAUGGCUGAAUUCCAUGGCAGCGGACUGAAGCACUAUCUCCUGACGCUGUUCUCCGUGGCAGCCAAGCUGUACAAGCACCCCAGCAUUCGCAAUUCUAUUAGCCUCGUCGUGGUGAAAAUCAUGGUCAUCUAUGAGGAGCGGAAGGGACCCGAUAUCUCUUCCAACGCCGCCCUGACUUUGAGAAACUUCUGCAGCUGGCAGAAGCAGCACAACCCACCCAGUGACCGGCAUGCGGAGCACUACGACACAGCAAUCCUCUUUACCAGACAGGACCUCUGUGGUGCCAAGACAUGUGAUACUCUUGGGAUGGCUGAUGUGGGAACAGUUUGUGACCUAAACCGCAGUUGCUCUAUCAUAGAAGACGAUGGUUUACAGGCUGCCUUUACAACAGCCCACGAGCUAGGCCAUGUGUUUAACAUGCCUCAUGAUGAUGCAAAGCAGUGUGCUGGCAUUAAUGGAAUGAGUCGGGAUUUCCACAUGAUGGCAUCUAUGCUUUCCAAUCUGGAUCGCAGCCAGCCAUGGUCUCCAUGUAGUGCUUAUAUGAUUACAACAUUUUUGGAUAAUGGUCAUGGUGAGUGUUUGUUGGACAAGCCCCACAAACCAAUUCAGCUUCCUUCUGACUUGCCUGGCACCUUGUAUGAUGCUAACAGACAGUGCCAGUUUACAUUUGGAGAUGAGUCCAAGCACUGCCCUGACACAGCCAGUACUUGUACGACACUGUGGUGUACUGGCACUUCUGGAGGACUCCUUGUGUGCCAAACCAAACACUUCCCUUGGGCAGACGGCACCAGUUGUGGGGAAGGAAAGUGGUGCAUGAAUGGCAAGUGUGUGAAUAAAACUGAGAAGAAGCAUUAUGAUACACCGGUGCAUGGCAGCUGGGGAUCCUGGGGUGCAUGGGGAGAGUGCUCCCGGACCUGUGGUGGUGGAGUGCAGUACUCCUUCAGGGAGUGUGACAACCCUGUCCCGAGGAAUGGAGGAAAGUACUGUGAAGGGAAGCGGGUGCAGUACAGAUCAUGUAACAUCGAGGACUGUCCAGAUAAUGAUGGCAAAACCUUUAGGGAGGAGCAAUGUGAAAAGCACAACGAGUUUUCCAGGUCUCCCUUUGGAAGUGGACCUGCAGUGGAGUGGACACCCAAAUUUGCUGGUGUCUCUCCAAAGGACAGAUGCAAGCUAGUCUGCCGAGCAAAAGGAACAGGAUAUUUCUUUGUUUUACAGCCAAAGGUUGUGGAUGGUACCCCAUGUAGCCCUGAUUCCACCUCUGUCUGCGUCCAAGGCCAAUGUGUAAAGGCUGGCUGUGACCGUAUGAUAGGAUCCAAUAAGAAGUUUGACAAAUGUGGUAUCUGUGGUGGCAACGGAUCCACUUGCAAGAAAGUGUCUGGCACACUUGUUAGAGCAAAACCUGGCUACCAUGAUGUCGUCACCAUUCCAGCUGGGGCAACAAACAUUGAGGUGAAGCAGCGGAACCACAGGGGUGCAAGGCAUGAUGGCAGCUUCCUUGCCAUCAAAGCCGCAGAUGGCACCUAUGUCCUCAAUGGCGAUUACACUCUGUCAACUCUGGAGCAGGACAUCACCUACAAGGGCAGUGUGCUGAGGUACAGUGGCUCCUCUGCUGCCUUGGAGAGAAUCCGCAGUUUCAGCCCUCUAAAGGAGCCUCUGACCAUCCAGGUCCUCACAGUGGGAGACCUGCCACAGCCUAAGAUCAAGUUCACCUAUUUCGUGAAGAAGCCCACACAGCCUGGGUCUGAGAAGGUACCCAGUAGAAAGAAAGAGUCCUUCAACGCUAUCAGGGAGAUCAUCUCCUCUGAGUGGGUCAUCGAGGAGUGGGGUGAGUGCUCCAAGUCUUGUGGCUCAGGCUGGCAGCGGCGGACAGUGGAGUGCCGAGACCCCCGCGGCAGGCCAGCCACCGACUGCACCCGUGAGCUGAAGCCCAGCGACAUCCGUCCCUGUGCUGAUGUACCCUGCCCUCAGUGGCAGCUGGGAGACUGGUCACCCUGCUCCAAGACAUGUGGGAAAGGUUUCAAGAAGAGGUUGUUAAAAUGUAUUUCUUAUGAUGGCAAUGUGCUGCCACAAGAAAGCUGUGAGCUCUCCAAGAAACCAAAACACCUAAUAGACUUCUGCAAUGUUACGGACUGCAGUUAAAUACUAUAAGUUGGGAAAGCUAAUUUUUUUUAUUAUUAUUAUUAUUAUUAUUAUUAUUAUUAUUAUUAUUUUGUUGUUUUCCUUCAGAACAGUGCACUGAAAAAGAAGGCUAGAGGCAGCGCACAUGAUUUUUUGCAUGCAGAAUUCAUGGUGAGGAUCCAUUGAGGUGGGGCAGUGCAAAUGGCUUCAGUUGGCGUUGCAUCCUAAGAAUCCUCUGCCAGCUGAGAAUUUGAUAGGAUAGCAGACCCAUAUCACUCACUUGUCUUCAGCAGAUAAGGCUCCAGGGCAUUAAAACUGCCACCUUUAAAGCAUGUUGCAGGGUAAGCAGUGCCCAAAACGCAUUUAAGCAAAUAUUUUGGAGUUCAGUGGUUCAGUUAUUUCUCCCUUCUUUUGGUACUGAUCAAGUCCCCAUGUGUAGGAAGGGGAGGGAAAGGAGAGCAGAAAAGAUAGAUGAAAAUAAUUGGUCAGGGCUUACCUACCUCACAAAGGGCAAAAAACGGGAUUGGAAAAUGAGCUUUAAUUAUAUCAUUCAUGGCUGCUAUUCAGAGAAUAGUUUUAUAUAAAAAUAAAGCCAUAUUCUCUACCUAUAAAGAGUAAGAAAGUAUACUGAGAACAGUCAGUCAACUCCACAAAUAACUAUAAUGUGUGGUUUUUAAACCAUAUGUCAUCCCAAUGUGCCUGUCCAUUUCUCACAAGUAUUCCAAUGCCAUUGUGGUGACAUGUAAUCCAGAGGCUAGAAAAGCAGGAAUACUCAGGGAGCAGGUACCAUCUCUUGAGUAGUUGCUCUUUGUGCCUUCUUCAUACUUUCCACUAGCUUUCCUGAUUCGAGUUUGGUCCUACUGUCCUGUCAAAGAGACUGAUGGCAUUUGUGAGCAUUUGAGUCAUGCUUUCACAAUGAGAUCUUUUACAUUACCCCAGCCAAUGGAAAUUAUUUGCACUUGAGUUAAACAAAAAGCAAGAAAAAAAUCCCCGCUAUGAAUGGGAACCUCUCUUCUGUGGCCUCUGAUGGGUUUGUAGUGCUUAAAUGACUGAAAAGGCGGGAAGACAAAGCUGAAGGAUAGCAGGUCCAUCCACAGCAGUACGCCAGCAUUCACAUAAUUAACGUUUGUGCCAGUCCAUAGACAAUGAGAGAAUAUGGCUUUCCAUAUGUAUAUAGUAAAAUAUAAUUACUAUAGAUUUUAUAUACUUUAUAAGUAUCAUAUAUAUUUUUUUCCCUUCUGGGAAGGGUUAUAAUUUGUAAUAAAUGCAUAUAAUGAGUGUAUUUAUUUUUAUACUUCUUGUCCAAUGUGACCUUCUAAGUUAUCGCUUUUUUUUAAAGGACAUAUAACAAGGAUAGAGUAUUUAUACACUAUAAUAUGUUACUAGAGGUAAUAAAUGAAGCCUAUAAAUUUUGGAACUAGAAGUGUCUUUAUUUCACUGGAGUAAAACUAUCCAUCGAGCAGAAGGAGCUUGCAAUCUAGGGCAAAUGUUACAAGAAAAACUUAGACCACAUUUGUUUUGAAAUGACUGGUAGCUUAGCCUACUAAUUGACAGCCUUAGUGAAGGGGUAUGGAAAACUCGAGCCAUAAUGUCAGACACCACGUUAAAAGGGGUAAUUUUGUGUUUUAUUACUUGACCACUAACAGGGUGCUCACCACUGUUGUUUCGGCCUUUAAAAAAAUGGGAGUGCAGCCAGAUUGAUGCCACUGGCUUUAAUAACAGCUUAUAGAAAGAGUAUUGCUGUUAGUGCGUUUAGAACCAACAAAAGAUGUACAAAAGCAGUGGUUUACCUGCUCCACUUAACCUUACCCUACUGGGAAGGAAGCAUUCAAAAGCAUUAACUAGCAGAUGGGUUUCCCUCACAGAUUUCUGGAGAGCCUUCUGUUCUUGCUUUUUUUUCUAAUUAGAAGUACUGCGUGAAUGAGCUGUUCUAAUGCUGUUGGUAACACAUCUUACAACGUUAAAAUGCAUAUUAAGCAAGAAGAACCAGAUUUUUCACUCUCUCACUUCUGAUCUCAUGACCGCUGUAGUCAAGAGGAAAAUCUUCUGUUGCACUCGGUAGGAUUUUUGCCAUGGAAUUUGAGACAUCAGUCAUUUAUGAAUACUUUUGGCUUUGUGUCAUGUAAAACUCUAUUAAAACUUCCUUUGCCAA